AUGACCGGACCCAAUGGCAAAGACGCUUUCUUCACACUCGAAGAUGCGAAAACAUCCUUUAAUCUCUUCUGUUGCGUCUGCGGCAUCGGUUCGCUGGCGAUGCCUUCCAAUUACGCGCGUGCCGGUCCCGUGUUCGCCACCGUCGCUCUCUCGUUCAUGGUCUUCGCCAACACAUACGCGACGCUCAAACUGUCCAAAGUGAUGCUCGUGGCGCCAUCUUCGGUGCGGACGUACGGUGACCUGGGCGAGUGGGCUCUCGGCAGAUGGGGUCGUUUCUUCACGGUGGUCUCGCAGAUGGGAGUGUGUCUCCUGUGCCCCAUUUCGUUCCUCAUACUUGGCAGCACGAUGCUGGAAGUCCUGUUUCCAGACUCGUUCAGUCAGAUCUUCUGGAUCAUCUUCAUGACUCUUAUGGUCACCCCCAUGUGUCUGAUCCCGACACUGAAAGAGAGUUCCGGCAUGGCCUUCGCCGGUUGUCUCGGCACGAUCAUCGCCGACAUCAUUGCAGUGUCCGUCCUGCAGUGGAACAUGCGCGGCCACGGCUCCGUCCCUUCUCCCGCCGUGUCGGUUCAUCAAGUCUUGACGUGUUUCGGGAACCUCGCACUGGCCUACGGAGCUGCCAUUGUCGUCCCCGAUCUCCAGCGGGAACACUCGCAGCCGCAGCGAAUGCCGCGUGUUGUGGUGAUCACGAUCGCGUUCAUCUCGGGGCUCUCCGUUGUCAUGGCUCUGGCUGGCUACACGGCCGGUGGUUGUCAGUUGUCAGGCAACAUCCUCUACUCGAUCGUGAACACGUCGGACCCGCUUGGUUUGGCUCCUCUCGGCUUCAGCGCCGACCGCGGCGCCGUGGUCAUGGCGUACUUGUUCAUGCAGAUCCACAUUUCCAUGGCCUUCUCGACGCUCAUGAUGCCGCCGUUCUUCAUGGCCGAGCGGCUGAUCCUCGGCAUGCACAAGAGCCCUAACGUGGUUCAAUUCAACGGAGAGUUGCUGGACCAGAUGAACACCGAGAUGGAUAUCGAGACGCAGGAGAAGCGCUCGUAUCUCCAGAGCUCGACGAAGGAGAAGCGCUCGUAUCUCCAGAACUCGACGCCUGCGGACGGGACGCACUCCCGUCAAGCGUCGGCUGCGAGUCUGGUCGAGAAAGAGUCGGGACGGAUGUCGCACCUGCGGGUUGCGCUCGAGUUCGGCGGCAUGACAGCCGAAGAAGUGAACGCGCCGUAUCGCAAGAACCCGCUGCGCUACGUGGCUCUGCGUCUCACGAUCGUCGCCAUUCUGGUGCUCAUUGCUGUGCUCGCUCGCAGGCGUUUUAUCGACCUCCAGGACUUCACGGGUGCCACUGCCCACACGACGAGCUGUUUGCUCUUGCCAGUGAUCAUCUCCUUGCGGGUGUACUGGAAGUCCAUGUCCGUUUGGGACAAGGGGGCGUCCGUGGUCGUCAUUGUCGUCUGCGCCUUUGCGGGCACGUACGUGAUGAUUGACGCGGGCAAGCACCUGUUUACGCCGUCGGGCGAUGACACGCUGUUUCCGUACUGUGAACCGGAGUUCCAGGACGAACCGUACUACAUCCGAAACAGUAGCAGCAACUAA